AUGGCAUUUGCUAGGUGGUGUUUUGAUGCUUGUAUUCCUUUUAAUGCUAUGUGGUCACCUUAUUUUCAACAAAUGGUGGAUGCUAUUGGGAGUAUUGGUGUGGGAUAUAAUGCUCCUUCUUAUAAUGACAUGCGAGUUAAUUUAUUGCAUGAUUGCAAGAAAGAAUGUCAGUUGCUUAUUGAUAGCUACAGAAGCCAAUGGGCUAAUUGUAGAUGCACAAUUAUGGGAGAUGGAAUAUCUUUUGUGAAAUCUGUUGACGCCUCAGAUAUUUUAAAAGAUGCCACCAAUUUAUGUAAUUUAUUCAUGGAGAUUAUUGAAUGGGUUGGACAGGAUAAUGUGGUUCAUUUGAUAUUGGAAAAAAAGAGAUCAUGUAGCGAAAGCUUGUAUCACGAUGCUUCUAAGGUGACUAUUUUUGUCUACAACCAUAUAUACAUACUAUCUUGGUUGAGAAAAAGAUCUGGAUGGAAAGAGAUUGUGCGUCCAGGAGUAACACGUUUUGCUACUACAUUCAUUACUUUGAAAAGUAUCUAUGAUCAUAAACAUGACUUGCAAGCAUUGGUGACAAAUAAGUAUUACACAAGCCAUAAGAUAUCUAAAAGUCCAGUGGGUAAAACAGUUACUUCUAUUAUCUUGGAUGGCAAAUUUUGGGAAGAAUGUUUAUUUAUGGUGAAGAUUGCAGCUCCCAUCAUUAGGUUUUUACGUGUUGUUGAUGCGGAUGAGAAACCUUCACUUGGUUAUGUUUAUGAAGGCAUGAUUAGGAUUCGAAAAGCAAUCAUGGCCAUCUUCAGAAACAAGUCUACAAUGUAUGGUCCCUAUAUUAAAAUUAUUGAUGAGAGAUGGGAUAAGCAUUUGCGGCGAAACCUUCAUGCAGCUGCUUAUUUUUUGAAUCCCGCUUUUCUCUAUGAUAAAGAAGCAUUUUGUGAAACUCCAGAAGUGAUGCAAGGCUUGUUAGAUUUACUUGAAAAGAGAAGUAUAUGCAGUGAUAGUGAAAAGGCAAUGAGGGAGAUCAGAUUUUAUCGGGAUCGAUUAGGAAAUUUUAGUCGUGAAUCAGCUCUUUCCUCUGCUAAUAAAAUACAACCCAAUGAAUGGUGGAGGCUAUUUGGAUAUAGUACUCCUUUCUUGCAAAAAGUUGCUAUUUGA